AUGUUCAGUAGUAACUAUGCUUACUACUUUCAGUUUUUCCCGAACGAUCUCAGCCGCACCUAUUGUUCUGCUGGAGAAUGGGGAAGUGGUGCUGGAAAGGGUGGAGGCGCAGGAGGUGCUGUGAGGGAAGCUGGAGGAAGCUUUGGUAAACUCCAAGCUGCUCGAGAAGAAGAAUACUUCAGAAAAUUGCAAAGGAAACAGCUGUUAGACUUGAAGAAACAAAUCAAUAAAGAAAUCUUACUCAAUCAAAAACUCAUACAUCAGCAUCGAGAAUCGAUAGCGAGAUUGGAAGACCGAAUUGCCGAACUUGUAGAACAAAAUGAAAGCGCCGAAUAA